AUGAUGAAACCACGGGCUUUGGAAUCGACGGCCCGUCCAUCUGCUCACGACUGCGUGUUCGAGCAUGGCCUAGAUUUCACCGUCGAUGGACGAUAUGUCUGCUGGGGGCGUGAUAACAAAAAGCACCCUCGAACUUGGGGCACCGCCCGCAAGCUUUAUGAUACAUCCUUGAUCUUAUUCUUAGAUUUCUUCGUAACUACGACAAGCUCUGCUGGUGCGUCAGCAGCUGCUCAAGCCAAAGAUGACUAUGGGAUUGGACGGGAACUCUCAGUUUUCUGUUUUGUGACGAUAUUCCUCCUCGGUCAAGUUCUUGGGACGAUCAUAUUUCCACCGUGGUCCGAGUCAUUCGGCCGCAAGAAACUAUACAUUCUUAGCAGCGCUUUGAGCGCAAUAUGUUGCGUCAUUGUGGGAGUCGUGGAUUCUCUGGCGGGAACCAUCGUGGGCCGGUUCUUUGGUGGCCUUCUAUCGGCCAUCCCAUACACUGUUGGCUGUGGAAGUGUUGAAGAUAUGUUUUCUUCAUGGCCUCGCACAUGGGUACUUCUCUUCUGGACGGUGGCAUCGAACAUUGGUCUGUCAAUGGGACCGAUAAUCGGAUCGCACAUCACCACAGCUCUUUCUUGGAGAUGGCUGUUUUAUAUAUAUGCCAUCGCUCUUGCCAUCAUUACGGUUCUCUUCUGCUUCAUUCGCGAGUCCCGCCCGUCCCAGAUCCUGAUUAAGGAGGUAAACCACCUCCGCCAAAAGACUGGCGACCAUAGUCUAGAAGCCCUCAACCACGACCAUUUCCCCGAUAUGCACACAUUCGUACGUACUGCGCUCUUCCGACCCGUACAGCUGCUUUUCACUGAGCCUCUCGUCAUCUUCACGGCACUCAUGAACGGCUUCUCUUUUGCCCUCCUCUACCUCUUCACCGAGGCCCUCCAACUCGUCUACACGGCCCUCGACUUCAGCGACUCCCAAGCCAGUCUGCCAUUUCUCGGACUGGCAGUUGGCUUCUGGUUUAGCAUUCCCUGUCGACUGAUUGACUAUCGCCUUUUCGCCUCGCUCCGUCGGCAGAACCUGCCUAUCAAACCCGAAAGCAAGCUCACCGGUCUCGCCAUUGGAGCUCCAGUCUUUGCCGUCGGACUAUGGUGGUUUGCAUGGACGAUUCCGCCGAAAGUAGCGGUACACUGGAUGGUACCGACUGCCUCGCUCGUGCUGGUGGGAUUCGCGUUGAAUGAGUUUGAUACGGUGUUGUAUGUCUACUUGGCUGAUAGUUACCUGAGCUACUCGGCUAGUGCGACGGCCGCGGUGCAAUUUGUGAGGGCGCUCUUGUCGGGUGUAUUUCCACUUUUCACGAAGCAAAUGUUCGAAGGACUGGGCUAUAAUGCUGCAGCGUCAGUUAUCGCAGCCCUGGGAACGGCGUUUGUCGUUGUGCCGGUGUUGUUUAUUAUUUACGGGGAGAGGAUCAGGGCGAGAAGCCCGUUCGCUAAGUACAGUCUGGAGCUGGAAGAAGACUUGGGGAAGGAGGGUUCAGCGGCGUAG